GCUGUCAUCCCAAAACCCCUUCUUCAGAAAGCAAACUGCACUGACCGAGGCCAACUGGGAUGCGCAGACGGAACAUGCCUUCCUCAAGAAUAUUUCUGCGACGGUUCCACGGAUUGCCUUGAUGGAAGCGACGAAGGCCAUUGCGACCCUUCAAAUGACCCAAACGCGGCUCCUUAUUGCGAUCCUGCAAAAUGCCUGCUGCCUGAUUGUUUUUGUUCUAAGGAUGGAGUCCGUAUACCAGGGGGUCUACACCCAUCUCAAGUUCCACAAAUGGUAAUUCUGACUUUCGAUGAUGCCAUUAACAAUGACAACUGGGAACUGUACGAGAAAGUUUUGUUUAAAGACAACUUAAAAAACCCCAAUGGAUGUCCUGUUAGGUCAACCAUGUUCGUCAGUCACCAAUACAAUAAUUAUCAUCAGACUCAAAAGUUAUGGAACGAGGGUCAUGAGAUUGCAGUACACUCAAUAACACACCGUGGUCCAGAAGAAUGGUGGUCAUACAACGCAACCAUAGAAGACUGGUUCGAUGAAAUGGUGGGCGAGGCAAAUAUUUUGCACAGAUUCGCGCAUAUCCGUAUGGAGGACAUAAAAGGUUUGAGAGUACCUUUCCUUAGAGUGGGAUGGAACAGACAAUUUUUGAUGAUGAAAGAGUUUGGAUUUUUAUAUGACAGCUCGAUGGUGGCACCAUUUUCAAACCCACCACUAUGGCCGUAUACCAUGGAUUACAAAAUACCACAUGCGUGUACAGGAAAUAAGCAGAAUUGUCCAUCGAGGUCCUAUCCAGGGAUAUGGCAGAUGAUUAUGAACCAAUUGGAGGCAAGCGAUUAUACAUGCGCAAUGGUUGAUUCUUGCCCUCCAAAUUUAUCUGGUGAUGAGAUUUACAAAAUGCUUAUGCACAAUUUUAAAAGACACUACAUGUCGAACAAAGCUCCCUUUGGAUUAUAUUUUCAUUCAGCAUGGUUUAAGAAUCCUGAAUAUUUAAAGGCUUUCCAGAACUUCAUGUCAGACAUCCUCAAAAAACCAGACGUUUGGUUCGUCACAAACUGGCAAGCUAUUCAAUGGAUGAGAAAACCAACUCCAAGCAGUGAACUUUUUAAAUUUUCACCUUGGUCUUGCAAAAAAUAUUUCGACAAACAAGAAGUGGCAUGUAGCAUACCAAACGUGUGUAAAUUACACAGCAGGAUAUUCCAGCAGGACAGAUACUUCUACACGUGCGCAGGAUGUCCACCAAAGUACCCGUGGAUACGUAACGAGUUUGGGUUGGAUUAAAAGAUUAGAUGGAAUUAUCUAGUUAUUACUAAGCC